GAAGGACGUGAAAUAGUUCGUGGUCAUCGAGAAUGUUUGGAAAAUCAAAAAAUUGGUAGUAUGAUUCUAGAAGCCGGUACAUAUUUGGCUGAACGAUUUGCCGAAAAUGACAAGGGAUACUGUAACGAAUUCAAAAGUAAAUUGGAAGAAUUUGUUUCUUCCAUGCGAGGAAUAUGCCCCGGACGUGGCCCACAAUUAAUGUUCUGCAACAGUGUCAAACGGAUGCUCCAUGGAAUGUACACGCAAGAUGAUGAAUGUGACUUUGAUUGUGGUGAAGUUGUAAAACAGGCUAAUGAUGGCUUCGAUGAUAUUGAUUCAUAUGUAACGCCAACAAUUGACUUUCAAUCCGAAGGUAUCGAUUCACGUGCAGACAGUCAUGUUGCCGCCGAACCUGGAUCUGCAAAUUUAAGCUGGAAUUUAUUUGAGUUUGCACUAAUUUUUUUGAUUUGUUCACUAGUAUUCAGUUGA